AUGGCUGCGACGCUGAGAGCGCCCGCGAGGGCCGCCCUCGCGUCGUCAUCGUCGCGUCGCGCGCGGUGUCGCUCCUCCCGCCGCACCCUCGCCGCCUCCGCGUCGGCGUCGCCCCGGGGAUCCGAGGUGGAGGUCAUCACGUUCGACCUCGACGACACGCUGUGGCCCACCACCCCGGUCGUCAUGGCUGCGAACCAGGCGUUCGUGGACUUUUGCCAGGAGCGGAUACCGGGGUUUCCGGACUGCGCGGGGGUCAACGAGUACAUGAAGGCGAUACGGAAAGAACGCGAGGAGCGCUCGGUGAAGCUCGGCGAGCGUCACGUCCCGCUCUCCUUCGCGGCGCUGCGAAUCGCCGGGGGGUUCCGCGCGGCGAUCGAGCUGGGCGUCCCGGAGCCCGACGCAAUCGGCGUCGUCUCCCGAGGGUACCACAUCGCUUGGAUCCCGACCCGCGGCGUCGCCGCUCGCGAGCACCUCUUCGACGGCGUCGUCGCCAUGCUCGAACAGUUGCGCUCGACGUACCCGAACGCGUGCGUGGGUACCAUCACCAACGGCUUGGGCAGCGCUGCGGGCGCGGGUCUCGGGGACUUUUUCGACUUUGAGAUAUCCGCCGACGCCAUGAUGGACGAGAUGAUGGUGCACGGCGACGACGCUCGGAAACCCGCGGCGUUCCCGUUCGAGCUCGCGGGCAAGAUGGCGCGGGAGAUGCGGGAUUUCAGCGGGAACCCAAACGCGUGGGUGCACGUGGGUGACGAUCUGAUCAACGACUGCGAGGCGGCGAAGACGCACGGGCCGUUUAAGACGGUGCUCGUGGAACACCCGGGGGUCGUCCCGUAUCAACCCGGGGGCGGGGGAACGUACCCGGGGGAUCCGGCGCGUGAGGAGGAGACGAUGGAUCGGGCGGGGUUGGUGGACGCGAGGGUGACGUCGGUGGGUGAGAUCCCCGGGGCGAUCGCGGACAUCUACGCGAAACACAGAUGA